AUGGCAGUCACAGAACUUAUAAUGGUCGUAAGAACAUAUAAAUACUCUCUGCUCCAGCGUCCAGAAUAUAAAGUGUACAGUACUUCGUGUGUCCUGAAUAUCAAGCGGCCAGUACACCUAGCGGCCAGUACACCCAGCGGCCAAUACACCCAGCGUCCAAUACACCCAGCGGCCAAUACACCCAACGUCCAGUACACCCAGCGUCCAGUACACCCAGCGUCCAGUACACCCAGCGGCCAAUACACCCAGCGUCCAGUACACCUCAGCAGGCCCAGUACACCCAGCGUCCAGUACACCCAGCGGCCAAUACACCCAACGUCCAGUACACCCAGCGUCCAAUACGCCCAGCGUCCAGCACACCAGCGGCCAGUCGUCCAGUACACCCAGCGGCACCCAGCGUCCACACCCAGCGUCCAGUACACACCAGCGGCAAUACACCCAGCGGCACAAGCGUCCACACCCAGCGGCCAAUACACCCAGCGUCCAAUACCAGCGGCCAGUACACCCAGCGUCCAGCGUACACCCAGCGGCCAGUACACCCAGCGGCCAAUACACCCAGCGUCCAAUACACCCAGCGGCCAGUACACCCAGCGUCCAGGCCAACUAAUGAUUCGGGCCACCUCACGUCUCAGGGCCAUCUUAAAACUUGGGGUCACUUCACGAUUCAGAUCACCUCAUGACUCAGGACCACCUCAUUAUUCACGGCCACCUCACGACUUUGGGUCAUCUUACGAUUCAUGGCCACUUCACGACCCAGGGCCACCUCACGACCUGGGACCACUUCACGACUCACGGCCACCUCACGACUCAGAACCACCUCACGACUCAGAACCACCUCACGACUCAGAACCACCUCACGACUCAAGGCCCUCUCACGACUCAAGGCCCUCUCACGACUCAGGGUCCUCUUACGACUCAGGACUCUAA